AAACCUUCGAUUUCCGCGCAUCCAAACGUCAAUUUGACCCAGAGGAUAAUAAUAUUCAAGAUCGUUGAUUUAAAUUCGUUUUAUCAAGUUUUAUUGGAGGUAUUCUUUGAUUUAUCUGUCCUCAUAUCUCAUUCACCAGUUCUCAUACAUUUGGUUGGUAGAAAACCGAUCAAACAUUAACGUCUCAGAAUAGUGAUUUUCUGUGCUUAUAAAUUUCUUAUAAUGGUUGGACCAAUCUUUGAGCUGCACCAUCCAAGUUGGAUUCUAUUAGAUCUGAAAUUAAAAUAAAAUGAUUAGACAUUAUGUCUUCUUCACCUUCAUCUCGCACCAUCAUCUGUCAGGAAGUGUUCGAUGAAAACAGUCAGCCUUCAGAAGAGGAGGUUAUCCAGUAUGCGAAACGGAUCGGAAUCAAUCCGGACACUGAGGGCUAUCUGCUAUCCAUCGCUCGGCAGGGGCUCAUGCAAGCAUUGCCUCCUGGCUGGAAGCCUGUAUAUGACGAUAAAUUGAAACGGUACUACUAUUUUAAUUUCGAGAACGGCUCUUCGCGAUGGGAUCAUCCCCUUGAUGAUUACUACAAGGCAAUUGUCAAGAAAAAAAGACUAGACGGGUAUUGCUCCACAGGAGAAGAGGAUUCAAAGACAUCGAUUAGAGAGGAUUUGAAAAGCUACGAAGAAGCAGCUGAUUCUGUGACGUCAGACACCAUGCACACCAGUCGCAGCAAAGAAAGCCUCAAAAUUAAUAAAAGACCCACCAAAAGAUUCACUUCGCCAUCUGGAGAAACUGCGUCAUCCUGUUCAGUACCACCGCUCACCGGUCGACCUCCUCUGCCACCGAGACGCGGCCGUGCCGGUGCACCCGGGUGCUAGUACGCCGGUGACAAGUGCGCCGGGACACCGAGCGUCCACCGGUCGUAGUCCCGU